AUGGCUUGGUCCGAUAUCAAACAAUAUGUUGGCAGCAAAAAUGUGAAAUGGAGUGUUACUAAAUGUAUAAUACUAAUUCAAGAAAAAGUUUUACUGAUAGGUGCAUGGGACUGGCUAAAGUUAUGCAAAAAGGUGAAGGACACAGAGGAGCAAUAUGCAAAGAGUGACCAUGUCGUGGACUUGGUAACAGAAACAUUUAUUAUUUCCGUUGAUGAUUCUGAUGACGAUGAUGCUACUAGUACCGACUACAGAAGCAGCCCUGAGCCCGGACCCUCAACAAGCAAAAGGCCCUGUCGUGAUACCAUUGAAGGCGUGAUUCCACUGUCUGAUUCAGACUAG